AUGUCGGGCUGUUCGCUCGUGGCCUCUGUACUGCCGUCUCUUAUAGGGACGGCAGUUCCAACCUUCAGCUACGAUUAUUCCAAACAUGUAGCAGGCGACGUCUUCGGCAUUCAAAUGACUUACAUGUCCGGCACAUCAACAUGUUUCGCUGGAACGAAGCCUAGCUUCACGCCUGUCAUCUCGAACACGUUAGCACAAUACACUCAAACUUGUUCAUACGCUACCUCCGGCGCCCCUGCAACCUACACCGGUAUCUUCUGUGGUAGUGCUGCUCUUACCAACUUCCCGAACAGCGGUGCUUUGACCAUCAACAAUGUUAUAGGCGGUUUACUACCACCUCCCCUUCCUCGCGCUUAUACAGCCACAUUCGGCGCAUCGCCCGCGCCCGCCACUGUUGCUACUACAACGGCUUUUGUCACGACAACGUCAACGCAAACUAUCCUUGCACCUGGCGGUGUAAUUGUAGCCACGACAACCGUCUUUACCCCUACUGGAACAACUACCCAGACACAGGCCGUUACCAGUGUUGCACUGGCUACGAGUACCGUUAGUGCUUGCCCAACAAUGUCGUCUCUCCCAUUGGUCUCAUCACUUCCGUUGGUUUCAUCGCUGCCUUUGGUAUCGUCCUUGCCAUUGGUGUCAUCUCUGCCUUUGGAUACCGGUAUUCUGUCGGCUCCUAUUCCAGCUGUCACAUCGCUAGUUCUAGAGCCAUCUAUACCGUUAGUCUCAUCACUUCCGUUGGUUUCGUCACUACCUUUGCCAUCUAUACCGUUGGUCUCAUCACUUCCGUUAGUUUCAUCGCUGCCUUUGGUAUCCUCCCUGCCAUUGGAUACAGUUCCAUUGCCAGGAGUCUCCUCUAUUCUAUCUGCCCCCCUACCUGGCCUUACAUCGAUUCUGUCAGCUCCACUGCCCGGAGUUACGUCGAUUUUGGCAGCUCCGCUUCCUGGAGUCUCCUCCAUCAUUCCCGGAGAUCCUCUCGCUUCUUUGCCUGGGGUCACGUCUAUUCUCUCUGCUCCCUUACCCGGUAUCACAUCUAUACUCUCGGCUCCCCUGCCUGGACUUCUUAUAUCCUUACCACUGUCUUCAAUUCCCCUUGGUACAGCUUUAUCAUCGCUGCCAGUCUCACUACCUACAUCUAUCAUUUCAUUACCCAGCUCAAUUGGCCCCUUACCAGUUCCAACCUCUAUCGUCUCCAUUCCAAGCUCGAUUGGUCCCAUUCCAAUCCCAACUUCGAUUCUCUCGAUCCCGGCAGUUUCCUAUCUGCCCAACGGCCCAUGCUAUCUAAAAUACGGCAUUGGGCAGCCUUAUGUUAAUCCGGCUGUUUGGGGAGCUAGACUUGCAAGUGUGCCAGUUCCAUCUGUAUUCCUGCCUCCAAUCACCCCACCAGCUCAGUCUCCCGGAAGCAUUAUUCAUACCACAACAGCCCCCGGUUCUCCUGGAGGGACAUUGACCACCAACCCAACGGCUCCCGGCUCUGCUGGAGGAACACUGAGCACCAAUCCAACGGCCCCAGGCUCUACUGUGGCGACCCUGAGCACCAUCCGUACCACAACUACUUCAGCAGUCGGUCCGACAUCCAGUCCGGUAUCAUGUCCCAGCUCUAAUCUAUCCACCGUUAUUGUUGGCGGAAGACAGUACCUAAUCACCUGCGGCAUUGAUUACUUCGAUAACGACAUAUCGUCUCCAUUGUCUCCUACAUUCCCCAAGUCGUACGAGGGCUGUUUGGCUGAUUGUUCAUCCACGCCCAGCUGUGCUGCAGUUGCCUACGUCAAAGGCGGUCCUUGCUACUUGAAGACUGGCACUGGCACUGGCUUCAAGAUUGACAGCACGGUCAUUGGCGCCAAGCUGAUCAGAGUCUUGCCUACUUCCACAUCCGCCACAUCCACUCCAUCCGGACCAACUGUGACUGUGACCACGACAAUCUCUAAUACCGGGUACCAGUGCGCCUGUACCCCUACUUCGUUCCCUACACCCACUCCCGUUACAUGCCCUGCGGAUAAUGGCAGCACAUAUACCACCACUUGCGGAGCUAAGUACGCUGUAGAGUGCGCCCAAGAUCGCUACGGCAACGAUAUCCCCAACGGCCUUUUCUUUGUGGACAGCUACGAAAGUUGCCUUGAAAAAUGCGACCAGAUGUCAGGCUGCGUUGCUAUAUCCUUUGUCCCACGACCUCCUGGCGUCCACAGCCCUUGCUACACCAAGUAUUCUACAGGAACUAUCCGCCCGAACCCUGAGGUCAACGGCAGCAGCAAGAUAUCCGGAUGCACAAGGCUCAAGCUGCGACGCAAGCGUGUUGUGCAGCCCGUCCACAAGAAGCAGCCUGCGCCCAAGAAACAGCUUGAUAAGCGUGUAUUGUUCUUGGGUCCUGACUUCACUUUUACCCAGUCCCAGGUUACUGCCACGCAAACCUCCACAGUGGGCGCGACCGUUUUGAUGUCAGUAUUCUGGGCCCUUUCUUCUAGAUGACUUUGCUGACCUAAUCGCAGUACCUCUACACCCCUCUACGCUACCUCUACCGCAUUUCGCCCGACUCUGGCGACGGCUAUCGCCACAUCCACUGUGACUGUACGCAGCACCGUCGUCAAUACUGUUAGCUACUGCCCAGCUGCCACCGGCCUUCUCAGUCCCCUAGGUCUGCCGCUCUGAGUGCUACGUAUCAUCUUUCCUUCUCAGUUUGAGGCGGUCCAACCUCUCUGAUUCUCGAGUUCACCAGAUUGAACUUACAUCAAGGUCUUUCUUUGCAAGAUGGGCCUUUUAUGGUCGCUCCUUAACACACGCUUUGCUUUCUCCUUAGUCGUUUCUGCGGGCGUGUGAUAGUGUUAUAGAAACAGUAGGAUAUUUAAUAAUAAAAAGGCUUUCUUUCCUCGUAAAACCCGGGCAGUUUUUAAUUGCGUUCCUUUCCAUGUGACUCGUCUCAUCUCGAUUCCUUUCAUAUCGCAGCUUC